GUGACUCGGCUAAUUCAGGACACGAUCACUCAAAGCCAGCUCGCAACAGCCAAUGGUGUCACACAUCAAGCGACCUCAGGUCGAGGCCACCAUUCUCGCACAGCUCAAGGCGCAAGGGGUACCUCUAUCGUCGGCUUCGAGCGAAUGUCAAGAUGACGCAUGUCAGGAGGACUGCGACUUUAGCUACGGCCGAGCGACGGACAAGGAGAUAGAUCAAGAAUCCAAGCUGCUAGGCACAGUCAAUGCUUACGCAAGGCUUGUCGUCUGCUCGACCGGCGCAUCCGAUUGGACCCGAGAUGUCAUGGACGAUCAGAGCUCGCUUGCGUUCACGAUCGAAGCGCAGUACAGCAAGCAGCUCAAGGCGCUGCCGGAGCGGAUCAGACGGCCGGCUAAGCCUCGAGCAGGCAGUAGCUUUAUGCAAAAGCUCGGAUUGUCCAAAGCUGCAGAGGAAGAACGUUCGGGCGUCCAUCCCUCGUUGGUACGCGAAAGUGACGGCGACGAGGCUUUGCCGUCGAACGUGACGAUCCUCAACGGAAGUCAUCUAUCGACCCCGAGCUCGCAAUCGGUCCUGAUCUUUCCGGACUACAAGAUCAUCACGCGAGUCAAGAACGAACCGGAGCCAGUUGCAGAUCUUGUCCAGCGUCAUCUCGUCUCGACGACGCGCAGGACGGGCCAGCUUGACCCUGCAAGUCACGAGCGCUCUCAGCCGUUGCCGUACUUGGUCACCAUGCUCGUGUGCUCUCACAAGCGACGAGACAAGAAAUGCUCCAUUGCUGCGCCGUUGCUCAUUGACAAGAUCAAGGAGGAGUGCUCCCACGAAGGAUGGGAAGUAGAUGAGCAUCUAGACGAGAUAGACGAGAAACCAAUAGAAGAUUAUGCAAUAGACGCAGAACAGACAGGAGCAGCAGUAGAGAAUCGAUUGAGGGAAAUCUCAGAGGACACACGACAUGCGCGGGUGGCCGUCGUCAAGUGCUCUCACAUUGGCGGACAUCGCUACGCUGGCAAUGUCAUCCUUGCCUUCCCGCAAGGUACGAUGGUCUGGUAUGGUCGAGUCACACCGGGCGAUAUCAAGCAAAUUUUCGAGCAAACAAUCAAGAAUGGAAAGAUCAUUCCGGAUCUCUUGCGCGGCGGAAUAGGUAUCACGCGAGCACCUGGAUGCGUCAAAGGCUUGAACGAAUGGUGAUGCAAAAGGCAACAA